GCCAUCCAUACAAAUUUCCCCUCUCUAUUUCGACCAUCUUCCAUUUUUCUAGCAGGCUCAAGUUCGCUCUGUCUUUGAUUUCUUUCUCCUCCCUUUAUCACCAUUGCCAUAGUGGAAAACCGUUUAUGAAUGAGCUUUUAGUUGCAUCUGCACCUCAGUAAACCCCCCGAGCUUCCGUCUGAUUCAGCAAUGGCGGAAAUCUCAGAACCUUCGAAACCUCCACAACUUGACUCCGGAUCAUCGGAAGCCGGACUUUCACAGUUCGCUUUUGAUCCCAAAACCAUGCGGAAGACUAAGCCUGGAUUCAAGCGUCUAAUUCUUACCAUCUCCGUCUUCUCCUCUUUUCUCUUAGGUCUUCCAUUUCUAUGGAAAUCCGUCGAAAUCUACCGCGCUCCACUUCCGUUCAGGGACAUCGAUGCCCUCUCUUCUCAUAUAGAAUCGUCACCGUUGCAAUUUCCCUGUACUUUUCGGGUUAUAUUUAUUGGAUUUGAUUCCAUGGCCUCUACAGCUGAGCAGCUAAAAUCAUCACUCUUCCAUGAGAUGACUAAACUAUCUUCUAAAUCUUCACUUUGUGGCAGUUGCAACAACAACUUCGCUAUCUCUGUAGUUAUAGAAUCGGGUUCUGAUUGCUCACAGACACGCACUGACGCAUCUUCGUGUUCUUGGCGGUGUGGAGCUCUCAGUGCUUCUAAUUUUGCUGCUUCUUUGGAAAAUGGUCUUCAUAGUACCGAUGAUUUCUUGGAGGUUGCUCUGGGUGGUUGUUCGAGGUCAGCUUCUGGUGGGAAAGUUUAUAGUGUAGUGGUGAUGAACGGGGACGAGAAUGUUGAGGCUACCAUUGGAAAAUAUCGUCAUGGUUGGAUUGUUGGGAGGGUUUCAGAGGCCGAAGCCAUAUUGAAAGUAGCGGAAACUUUUGUGAAGUUGUUUGGUAAUGGUGGAAGGGAGGAUGGAUUAAUUCCUGGGGAGUUUAUGCCAGUUGGUGCUGAUGGAAAGAUUUUUCUUUCUUUUAAUUUGUUGAAUGCAGAUCCAGAUGAUUGGAUAUAUGACUGGGAUUUUCAGACGGUAGAUGAAGUUCUAUUGAAACCUUUAAUCGAGGAGUUAGCACCAGUAGCAAAUAUCUCGGUUGAGAGUCAGGUUUUAUAUCAUACGCCAACCUCCUCCUUUUCUUACUGGGACGACGAGCAGGAAAGCUACAUCUUCAAUACUAAAGAUCUUCCCUUUUUUGUGAAUUCAAAUGAGUGGCAUUUGGAUACUUCAAUUGCAGCAGGCGGGAGGUCAAAGAUAUUGCAUUUUGUGGUAUAUAUACCAUCAGCAAGGGAGUGCCCUCUUCUUUUACAGCUUCCUGAUGGCCAGAUUUCAGAAACAAAUGGGUUUAUAUCUCCUACGUGGGGAGGCGUAAUUGUUUGGAACCCUAAAGGCUGCUUGAAAGACCGUGAAAGUAAGCAACACCAUAGGCACAUGAUUUCAUAUCCGGAGCUGGAGAAAAUCGUUGAAGUUUUCCUGGGGCAAUUUCGGCAACUUUUUGGUCUAAAGUCUAAUCCCCAACAUGGUGGUGUAUCGGGCACAUUCAACAUUUUAACUAGUCAGAAAGGCUUUACAGAAUGGGAAAUGGAUUUUCUAUCAAGGCAGCAUUCAUGUUUUAAUCUUCAUUCAUGUGCUUCAUCUCUUGGAUCUCUUUCUAAAUUGGUUCAAUCACUGCCGAGGAUGAUUAUCAUUGAUGAGAUUGGAAAACAGGUAAAAUAUUCUCUCGAGGCUGCAAACUUAGCCCAGAAAAAUGCCUCUGCAGGAGUUUUUGAUGCUGCAGCCAUAUCUUCCAGGCAAGCAAGAUCACUGGCAGAAGAUGCGUUCUUUCACCCAUCAAUAAUGUCAGUCAGCUAUUUUUCAUUUGAGCACUGCUUUGCUGUCUACUCGCCUUUCUUCUUGCCAGUUGCUUUGCAUGUAAUUUUGGCUGCACUGAGAGAGUGGAAAAGAUACAAGCAAGAACACAAGAAGUAUUUGGCUUUUUUGGCCGAACCAAAGCAAAGCUAGCACAGCUUAAUCAUGGUGAAUUUGUGUUGGCUUAGUUCUUCCCUCCAUUUUUAGUUGUCCUUAUAACUUAAGGAUGUUCCCCAACGAUGUAUUAUGGUUUUUUUUUUUGAAUGUGUAGUUUAGGUUCCAAACAAUUAGAUGUCUAAUAUUUGUGGCAUAUCUCCAAAGAGUAUAGAUUAAUUCAUUUAUGAAAAUUUAAGAUUUAAAUUUAUAUCA